AUGUAUACAUUUUCCUAUUUCCGCAUCUCCCAAUCAAGCACAAAACAGCUUAAUAUUUAUUGGACGCUGCGCUACGAGCAAUUAAAUAAACAGGAAAUACUCUCUGACCGAUUCACCUGGUUAUACGAAAGGAUGUUGGAAGACGAAGUACAUAAGACCCUUUUGCAGAAGCUACCCUCCUACAACUUUAAAAAUAAUGGCCCAGAAAAUAUGUUAGGCUCGAGCCAAAUAUGA